UCUGUGUGUGCUAUGUGGUUCCUCUCGGUGACUGGCUGUGUUUUACUGUGCCACUGCCUCCCUCCCCCUGUUCUCUGGUUGUGUCUGCAGCUGCACGCUCGCUUUCACUCUUUCUCCCUCCGUCGUGGAGCUCUGCUGCCGCUGACCCCAGAUUUAUCUGGGCUCUGUCAGUUACCACAGGAUGGAUGACAGAUUUAACUUCAUAUUUGCUAUUUGUUUGUCCUUUCUGUAUCUUUUAUCAGGAGGAACAUGUUCAGAAGCAGAGCAUAAGCUCUAUUCAGUGAUAUUCUCCAAGUACAAUCAGUACAUACGGCCAGUGGAAAAUGUGUCUGAUCCAGUCAUUGUGCAGUUUGAGGUGUCCAUGUCACAGCUGGUCAAAGUGGAUGAAGUCAAUCAGAUCAUGGAAACCAAUCUGUGGCUGAGACAUAUUUGGAAUGACUAUAAACUCAAAUGGGAUCCUAAAGAUUUCGGGGGCGUAGAGUUUAUCCGAGUACCGUCGAACAGAAUUUGGAAGCCAGACAUUGUUCUUUACAAUAAUGCAGUUGGAGAUUUCCAGGUUGAUGAUAAAACAAAGGCUCUCCUUCGCUACAACGGUGACGUCACUUGGAUCCCUCCGGCUAUAUUUAAAAGCUCCUGCAAGAUCGAUGUCACAUAUUUUCCCUUCGAUUACCAAAACUGUACCAUGAAGUUUGGUUCCUGGACCUACGACAAGGCCAAGAUAGACCUAGUGCUGAUUGGUUCAGCUAUCAACCUCAAGGACUUCUGGGAGACUGGCGAGUGGAUAAUCAUUGACGCUCCUGGCUACAAACACGACAUCAAGUACAACUGCUGUGAGGAGAUCUACACCGAUAUUACUUACUCUUUGUACAUCCGCCGCUUGCCUCUUUUCUACACUAUCAACAUGAUAAUCCCCUGCCUCCUUAUCUCCUUCCUGACAGUGCUCGUUUUCUACCUACCCUCCGACUGUGGUGAGAAAGUCACAUUGUGCAUCUCCGUCCUGCUAUCUUUGACUGUCUUCCUGCUGGUCAUAACAGAGACCAUCCCGUCCACCUCACUAGUCAUACCCUUGAUCGGGGAGUACCUCCUCUUCACCAUGAUUUUUGUCACCCUCUCCAUUGUCAUCACCGUUUUCGUCUUGAACGUCCACUACCGCACCCCGAAGACGCACACAAUGCCCUGCUGGGUGCGGACUGUGUUUCUGGGCCUGCUGCCCAGAGUGAUGUUCAUGACCCGGCCGGAGAGGGACUCUGAGAAGGUGACAGUGGCUGGGAGUGUUGAGACAACGCAUCUGAGAACCUGCGCUGUUCACUCAUCAGGCACUCUGCAGCAGCAGCACAAGCCCCAGGCUUUAGCAUCCAGUGUGGUGUCGAGCCUAACUAACCGCCAGCGGCUUUUCAACAACACAGAGCUCUCCAACCUGAAUAACCUGAGUGAAGACUCGAGCAAGUGUGCCGGCUUCGGUGUCCUGUGCUGUGAAGGCCGCUGUAACUGUUGCUGGCAGAAGAGAUUUGGCAGACUGCCGUCAGAAUCUGGAGGUGGGAGUGGCGGACUGGGCAGCCUGGGGGCCCUGACCGGAGGCAUUGGUGGUGUUGGGGUCAGACAGGACAGUCACUGCUCCAGCUCAGAGUCCCUAGAUGGAGGAGUUAUGUCUCUUUUGCCUCUGUCUCCAGAGAUCAGAGAGGCAAUUGAAAGUGUUAAAUAUAUAGCAGAGAACAUGAGACUUCAGAAUGAAGCAAAAGAGGUCCAGGAUGACUGGAAGUAUGUUGCCAUGGUUAUCGACAGGAUCUUCCUCUGGGUUUUUGUUCUUGUCUGUAUCCUGGGAACAGCUGGCCUCUUCCUCCAGCCUUUAUUACUCGGGGAGGAUAGUUGAUUGAAUUUAAGAAAACUAUUACUCUAGAGUGUUGACUGCUGAACUGCAUACAGCUUCCAUAUAUAAGACUGUGGCCUCUGUCUGAGAAGUGGAAAAACAUAGGACACAAAGUCAAAGAGAGAAAAAGUCACUGGAUUUAGUGUUUUCUGUUUUGCUAUUUGUUUAACUACUUUUUCUUUAAUACAUGGCAAAUAAAUCUGUGUCACACAGGA